AUGAGAAUAUUGUCAUAUGGAGUGGCAGCAGAUGUAGUUGAUGAUUAUAUACGUAUUGGGGAAAGCAUUGCAAUUCAAAGUUUGCAAUACUUUUGUAAUUCAGUAAUUGAAAUCUUUGGACCAGAAUACCUAAGAUCUUCAACAUCAACUAACAUUGCUAGAUUACUUGCUAUUGGGGAGGUUCGUGGGUUUCCGGGUAAAGCUCCCCUUAUCCACUACACUAUUAAUGGACACAAUUAUAAUAUGGGUUAUUACUUUGUUGAUGGUAUAUACCCUCAAUGGGCAACACUAGUUCAAACAAUCUCUUCUAUCCAAGGAGCAAAGAAGAAACAUUUUGCAAUGAUGCAAGAGUCAACAAGGAAGGAUGUAGAGCGGGCAUUUGGAGUGCUCCAAUCCCGAUUUGAAAUUAUAGGUGGUGCCGUACGUUUUUGGGAUCCGAAAAUGCUUGGAAAUAUAAUGAAAAGUUACAUUAUAUUACAUAAUAUGAUUGUCGAAGAUGAGAGAGAUGAGCAUCUUGAUUUUGAUUAUGAUACUUCAUCAACCAACUCACCAGUACAACUUUCCUGUAAUACUAACAAUGACUUCCAAUCAUUUCUCUCUUGUCAUUUAGGUAUUAGAGAUAAAAAUGCAUAUCAUGCCCUCCGCAAUGAUUUAAUAGAACAUAUGUGGCAUCUUUACGGUGAAAACUAA